AUGGACAUAACAGUCCUGCCGAACAACAAUCAUCCAGAGAAAUUCCUUCAUUUGGAUGUGGGAAUACUACCAGCUACACAUGGAAUGUUCCAGAUCAGUACUGCGCUGUCUCACCACAGGCAAUGGCACAACCAGAUGUAUUCACAGAGACGAGAGAGGAGUCAUGAAGGUAAACCAUCAGCAGAUGGCAGUGGUGUGUUUACAGAUAGAGAUCUGGAAAAACACAUCACUCCACAAACUCUAAAGCCAAAGAUCAAGCAGAAUCCUCUGUAUGCUCACAUCAGCAUCAUUGACACAGAGGAGAAGAACAAGUCAAAACCAUCCUGGACCAUUCAGGACUAUGACAGACACACAGCACAUGGACAGCUGGCAGAUUAUAUGAAGGAAGACCCAAGAAAGUUGAGUUUCUGGCUGGAAGAUCUCUACACCCCCGGCUACGAUUCACUGCUCAAGAAGAAAGAAGCUGAACUGAGAAGAAGGAAGAUUUGUAAAAUAUUAGCGUUCAUCAUUCUGUCGGUUUGUGCUGUUGUCAUCAUUAUUACUGUGCCAAUUGUGUUAAGACGAUCUAAAAACUGAUGACUGAGUCAUGACAAUCCAGAAAACAAUCUCACACUUCAGAUGAUUAACACUGUUCAAACAAACACAAAGACAUCAUGUGAAUGUUAGAGGAUGACAAUAUGACAUUGUUUAUAUACAACUCAAUUAAUUUCAAGUCUAAAAAAUUUGAUUGUGGUUAAAAGACUUAUUUGUAAUAUGCUGAAUAAAUUACAAUGAUUUUGUAUUUCAAGAUGAAUUACUU